AUGUCCUGGAUCCUUGUCCUGCUGGCACUUCUGGCACACUGCAUAGGUGGUGGCUCCCAGCCGGUGCUGAACCAGCCACCAUCCAUGUCCUCGUCACUUGGAACCACAAUCCACCUGCCUUGCACCUUGAGCAGGGACCACGACGUCAGCAUUUACAACAUCUUCUGGUACCAGCAGAAGCCCGGCCAGCCUCCCAGAUUCUUGCUGAGAUAUUUCUCCCACUUGGACAACCACCAGGGCUUUAAGAUCUCCCCUCGCUUCUCUGGAUCCAAAGAUGUGGCCAAGAACACCGGGUAUUUGAGCAUCUCGCAGCUGCAGCCUGAGGAUGAGGCUACAUAUUUCUGUGCUGCCUGGCCUUCCUCCUUGUCAAGGAGGUGGGUGGGGGGUGGGGGAAUCCAGCUCACCGUCCUAGGUCAGCCCAAGGCCUCCCCCUUGGUCACGCUCUUCCUGCCACUUUCGGGGGAGCUCGGCGCCGACAAGGCCACCCUGGUGUGCCUCAUCAGCGACUUCUACCCCAGCGGCGUGACGGUGGCCUGGAAGGCAGACGGCAGCCCCGUCACCCAGGGCGUGGAGACCACCAAGCCCUCCAAGCAGAGCAACAACAAGUACGCGGCCAGCAGCUACCUGAGCCUGACGCCUGACAAGUGGAAAUCCCACAGCAGCUUCAGCUGCCUGGUCACGCACGAGGGGAGCACCGUGGAGAAGAAGGUGGCCCCCGCAGAGUGCUCUUAGGUUCCCCAUGCCCCCCACCCACCUAAGGGGGCCUGGAGCCUCAGGACCUCCAGGAGGAUCUUGCCUCCCAUCUGGGUCAUCCCGCCCUUCU